GCUGCCAGACCGGAAAAGACCUGAAAAAGCAACAUGUUCCACGUCUCACGCCUCGUUGUUCGUGGCCAGGCACACGUAAAAGUUUGCGCUCGAUUGGCCGCACUCCAGUCUAGUCGCCACAUUACUACCAGCCGUACGGCAAGCAAAGAUGUAGGCUUCCGCACGGAGUCGGACACGUUCGGUGAGCUGAAGGUGCCGAACGACAAAUACUAUGGUGCCCAAACGGUUCGCUCAACGAUGAACUUCCCGAUCGGUGGCCCAACCGAACGUAUGCCCCAACCCGUUAUCACUGCCAUGGGCAUCCUGAAGAAGUCGGCCGCCCUCGUCAACAAGGAGUACGGGCUGGAUCCCAAGAUUGCCGACGCAAUUGCACAGGCCGCGGACGAUGUAAUUUCCGGUAAGCUGUACGACGAUCACUUCCCGCUCGUUAUCUGGCAGACCGGUUCGGGUACGCAAACGAACAUGAACGUGAACGAGGUAAUCAGCAAUCGUGCGAUCGAGAUUCUUGGCGGAAAGCUCGGCUCGAAAACUCCCGUCCAUCCGAACGAUCACGUUAACAAGUCGCAAUCCUCGAACGAUACCUUCCCGACGGCGAUCCACGUUUCGGUGGCCCGCGAGCUGACGGGAAAUCUGCGCCCUGCCAUCCAAACGCUGCACGAUGCUCUGAAGGCAAAGUCGGAAGAGUUUAAGGACAUUAUUAAGAUCGGUCGUACACACACGCAGGACGCUGUGCCUCUGACGCUUGGGCAGGAGUUCAGUGGAUACGUGCAGCAGAUGGCUUUUGCGCUGGAUCGCAUUGAAGCGGUGCUGCCACGUGUGUACAUGCUGGCGAUUGGUGGUACCGCCGUCGGUACGGGGCUGAACACGCGCGUCGGUUUCGCUGAGAAAGUUGCGGCCAAGAUCGGCGAGUUGACGGGACUACCGUUCGUAUCGGCACCGAACAAAUUCGAAGCGUUGGCUGCCCGUGAUGCUAUGGUGGAAGUAUCCGGAUGUUUGAACACGAUCGCUGUCAGUUGCAUGAAAAUUGCGAACGAUAUUCGCUUCCUCGGAUCAGGACCGCGUUGCGGUUUGGGUGAGCUGAGCCUGCCAGAGAAUGAACCGGGCAGCUCGAUCAUGCCGGGCAAGGUUAACCCGACGCAAUGUGAAGCUAUGACGAUGGUGUGCGCACAGGUGAUGGGAAACAAUGUGGCCGUUACUGUGGGUGGAUCGAAUGGACACUUUGAGCUGAACGUGUUCAAGCCGUUGGUUGUCUCGAACGUGUUGCGAUCGAUUCGGUUGCUUUCUGACAGCGCACGUACAUUCACCAAGAACUGUGUGGUGGGCAUUGAGGCAAACCGGGCCAACAUUGAUAAAAUUAUGAACGAAUCACUGAUGCUGGUUACCGCUCUCAAUCCACACAUUGGCUACGACAAAGCUGCCAAGAUUGCCAAGACGGCGCACAAGGAAGGUACCACCCUGAAGCAGGCUGCCCUCAAACUUGGCUACCUGAACGAGCAACAGUUUGCCGAAUGGGUGCGACCGGAAAAUAUGCUUGGACCAAAGUAAAUG